AUGAUUCAGCAUCCUGACAGUAGGUACAUUGAUCUUGUCAAAGUUGAAAUCAGAGAUCAACCAACCCACUGUGCUUUUGUAGAAGCAGAGACUAAUGGAAAACCUUGGUACGUUGACAUCAAAAUGUACUUGGAGAAAGGAGAAUAUCUUGAAAGAAUCACCAUCAAUCAGAAGAAGACCAUCAGGAAGUUGGCGAAUGGUUUCUUCAGCAACAAGAAUGUUCUGUACAAAAGAACCCCAGAUUUGGGAUUGCUUAGUUGCAUUGACUCCAUCGAAGCCACAAGAUUGAUUGAAGAAGUGCAUGCUGAAACCUGCGGGCCUCAAAUGAAUGGGUUCAUGCUAGUAAAGAAAAUAUUAAGAGCAGGUUAUUACUGGAUGACCAUGGAGAACGAUUGUAGAAAAUUCGUCCAGAAAUGCCACAAGUGUCAAAUUCAUGGAGACUUGAUAAAGGUGCCUCCAAUAGAACAGAAUGCUAUGACAUCGCCUUGGCCAUUCGCCGCUUGGGGCAUGGAUGUCAUUGGACCAAUUGAGCCAGCUACGUUAAACAAGCACUGUUUUAUUUUUGUCGUCAUAGACUACUUCAUGAAGUGGGUGGAAGCAACAUCUUUCACAUUAGUAACAAAGAAGGUAGUAGUGGAUUUCGUGCGCAACAACAUCAUAUGUCGAUUCGGCAUCCCACAAUCGAUCAUAACAGAUAAUGGGGCUAAUCUGAAUAGCCACUUGAUGAAUGAAAUGUGUACGCAAUUCCGAAUCACCCACCAGCAUUCGACCGCAUACUGGCCACAAAUGAAUGGAGCUCUGGAAGACGCCAACAGAAACAUCAAGAAGAUCCUAAGAAAGAUGAUUUACAACUACAAAGACUGGCAUGAGAAAUUGCCCUAUGCAUUACUGGGAUAUUGCACUACUGCCAGGACUUUAAUUGGGGCCACCCCGUACCUGUUGGUGUAUGGUAUUGAAGCAGUAAUAUCAGCUGAAGUAGAACUCUCUUCACUUCGAAUCAUACAAGAGGCUGAAUUGGACGAUGCGGAAUGGAUCCGCAGAAGGUAUGAACAACUAGCUUUGAUAGAUGAAAAACAAAUGAUUGUUGUUUGCCAUGGUCAAUUGUAG